GCUGCGCACACAGUGUCUGGUGUGAGAGUAAGUUACCCGGUCCGAUGAGGUAUUUUGUGAGCAGAAAGGAUCGAAACAAUAAACAUAAUAGUGGGGGGUAUUUUUUAUUUAUCUUAAGAACACCUUGUGGAUUCCUUUGCAAUAUUUCUGUGAGCAUUUUGCCAGGAUCGCUUGCUUUACCGGCUACACCACGUCCAAUGCAUUUUUUGGGGGUGAACAGAUAAGACCAACAGGGAGUUCAAACACUCAACCACAAACUAGCCGUGUUCUGUAUAGCGCCCGGCUGCUUGCAGUCAUGUCUACGGCAAGGGUAGAUUACAUUGCACCGUGGUGGACUUACUGGCUGCACAAUUUUCCUCACGUCAACCUCCGAUUUAAGCCCGUGGACGGCAGCUUUAACCCGCAGGAGGAUAAUUAUCAGCAGUCUCUGAUCUUCCUGGUGUGUGUGGUAGCCGCUGGCCUGGGCCUCAACCUGCUCUUCCUGGCUAUCUACCUGGGCUGCCUGUGCUGCUGCCGAAGUGAUGAGGAGGAGGACGAGGAGGAGACCAAGAGACCCAAAUCCUGCUGCGUCACCUGGACAGCGGUCAUUGCAGGGCUCAUCUGCUGCGUUGCUGUUGGCGUUGGUUUCUAUGGAAACAGUGAAAUGAACGAUGGCGUGUACCAGUUGACCUACUCCCUCUACCAUGCCAACCAUACGCUGAAUGGAGUCGAUACCCUGGUUUUGGGCACGGUGGACAGCAUGCAGAGCAGUCUGAAGCAGCACCUGGCCCGACUGGACGAGAUCUUUGCCAUGCGCAGCGAUUACAUCCAGAUCCUGCGCUUCAUGCAGCAGAUGGCUGACAACAUCAUCCUGCAGCUGACCAGCCUCCCGGACUGGGGUCAGGCCAAAGUGGACCUGGCCAGGAUCGCUGACCAGACCAGCUACGUGGAGUACUACAGGUGGCUCACUUACCUGCUGCUGCUGAUCCUUGACCUGGUCAUCUGCCUGGUGGCCUGUCUAGGCCUGGCGAAGCAGUCUCGCUGGCUGCUCACCACAAUGAUGACGUUUGGGGUUCUGACCCUGAUCCUGAGCUGGACUUCGCUGGGGGUGGACACAGCUACAGCAGUUGGCACCAGUGACUUCUGCGUGGCUCCAGACAAGUUCAUCAUGAACCUGACUCGCAAUGCGAUCAGCACAGAUAUUGUGCAUUAUUACCUGUACUGCAGCCAGAGCAUGCCUAACCCCUUCCAGCAGGCUCUGACAAUCUACCAGCGCUCAGUGACCACCAUGCAGAUCCAGAUUCAAGGGCUGCUCCAGUUCGCAGUGCCCAUGUUCCCCACAGCAAAGAGAGAUUUGCUGGGGAUUCAGCAGAUGUUGAACGGUUCUGAAGCCAGCCUGCACCAGCUCACUGCCCUGCUGGACUGCCGGAGCCUGCACAAGGACUACCUGGACGCUCUGAUCGGUGUGUGUUAUGAUGGGGUCGAGGGGCUGCUCUAUCUCAGCCUCUUCUCACUGCUGGCAGGCACUGCCUUCUGUGCCAUGCUAUGUGCCAUCCCCCGCGCCUGGAGACACUUUGAUAACAGAGACCGUGAUUAUGAUGACAUCGAUGAGGAGGACCCCUUCAACCCCCAAGCGCGGCGUAUCGCGGCCCACAAUCCCGUGCGGGGACAGAUCCACAGCUUCUGCAGCUACAGUAGCAGCAUGGGUAGCCAGAGCAGCCUGCAGCCCCCCGCACAGGCCGUGUCUAACGCACCCGUCUCCGAGUACAUGAACCAGUCAGUGCUGUUCGGAGGGAACCCGCGCUAUGAAAACGUGCCCCUGAUAGGGAGAGGCUCCCCUCCCCCCUCGCCAUUUAAAAAAAAAAGAUACUCCCCAAGCAUGAGGGCCACCUACCUGUCUGUGACUGACGACCAGCUGAGGCACUCUGGGAGCGAUCUGCAGGUGUAGCCGUGCCCUGGGGUCCUCCAUCUGUCUGUGACUCUGUUGCCAUGAGCACUGUUAAUAACCUGCAAUCCUGCACCGACAGACUGGCCGCUGGGGUGGAAGAGUCUGUUAGGGACAAUCCACGCAGGCUCUUAAUGAAAUGAGAGUUUAGCUUGAAGGAGGAUGGGUGUCUUCCCUCUCUGUCAAUCUCACUGUGGGGGAAUUUUAUUAUUUUAUUAUGUUGCUCUGUAUAGAUAUAGAGAUGCAGGCCACACUUUAAUUUAACAAUCUAUUUCUAAAAUAAUUAAUCAUUACCAUUGUAAUACUAAGGUCGCCCUAAUUACUAUACAUUUUCUUAUAAAACCAUAUUGCUAUAGCCAGUAAUCAUUAAUAGGUAUCUAAUAUUGUUUAUAACACAGUUAUUACAGGACUGUUCUUUUAUUGCAGUUGUAUUAAAAUGACAGCAGGAAGUCUCCUACAAUGAAAUUACUUCCAGGAUAACUUAAAAAAUUAUUGCAGAUUGGCAUGCAUGUGUACAACUGGACACAGGUCUGCAGCGUUUCAUCAAAACAUUCCUAAACUAAUCUCUCUUUAAUAUGUAGCAAUUUUUUUUA